AAUAGUACAUGUCAAAUGUGUUGUUUACAAAUUUUGAUACCUAUGUUUUAAAAUAAAUAAAAAUAAAAUUCAUAACAUUAUAAAAUGAUUAGAAUACAAGUACGCGAUGAAUCAAAUGUUAGAAUAAUACAAUUCAAUAAACCUAAAAAGAAAAACGCCAUUGAUUAUAAUAUGUAUGUUGAGAUAACGAAAUUGAUAAAUAAUGCAGCAACAGAUGAUUACAUUUCAAUCGUCGUUUUGACUGGAACUGGAGAUUUCUACUGCAGUGGUAAUGAUUUAAACAACGACCCAGGAAAUACAGAUGCUCUGUUGAAAGCAAUUGAACAAUUUAUUGAGUCUAUAAUAUUGUUUCCUAAGCUUUUGAUUGCUAUUGUUAAUGGUCCUGCAGUUGGAAUAGCUGUGACAACUUUACCGCUAUGUGAUUUUGUUUAUGCGUCAGAAGAUGCUUUCUUUUAUACACCAUUUAGCAGGUUGGAGUUGGUAUCUGAAGCUUGCUCAUCCAUUACUUUUCCUUCAUUAUUGGGAGAGAGAAUGGCACGUCAAAUGUUGAUGUUAAAUUACAAAAUGACUGCUAGGGAGGCUUUACAAUAUGGACUUAUAAGUAAUGUAUACAAAAAACAAGAAUUACAAAACAAAUCAUGGAAGAAUAUUAAAGAGUUACUGAAACUAUCUCAACACUCUUUGAUAACCACAAAAAGGUUAAUGCGUGAACCUAAUAUAAAGAAACUUAUAGAGAUAAAUAAACUUGAAAUUGAAGAACUUAGAAAUAUAGGUAAAAGGGUAUAUGGUAAAAGCAAAUUAUAAGAUUUAUACUUCAUGUAAUCAGCAUAGGUGAAGGUAUUUCAAAUAAUUAAUAUUUUAUAAAAUUAUUUUGAAAAAGUUAUUUUGAGAGUAAAGAGAUCAUGUUUGUAUAUAAAAUGACAAACAUUUAUUUUAAUAUACUUUUAAUUGAA